AUGUGGCGGCGAUACAUUGGCUGCUGCCGGCUGUUGGAGCAUGAGAUCAAGGAGGACAUGCGGGAGCAAGUGGAGCGGGAGUUAGUGGCAGCGCGGCAGGAAGACCCCUCGCUCGACUCUGACACUUUCCACAGGUGGCUCACAUUGGCGCGCCUGGCAGCAGCAAGCUUUGGAGAGAGGGAGCUCUUGAGGGAGAGCCCGGCGGGUCGCACGCGAGCCUGGAAAUGCGGUUCGUUCGACAGCAGCCGCGCCGCGAGUGUCGCGCUCAGGUUGCCAGUCGAAUCAAUGGCGACUCGGAGCCGCUAUGGAGGCCCCCCUAGCUUGUCGGAACCGCUCUUUAGCCAGCUUAAACCGGCCGUCCGAUGCGUUGAAUCCAACGGUCCGCAGUCGCUGCAGCCUCUCGAGUCGGCAGGGCAGUACGAGCCAGCCCCCACGCCGAGAUACAUCCAAUGGCCACCCUGCGACGCGCGUGCAUCGCACGCGUCGGCACGCGCCCGCCACGAGUAUUUUCGCCAGCACCUGUCGUCCCCUGUUCCACCUCCAAGCCCACAUCACCCCGCGACCCCCGCCGCAAAUCUCGCUACCGAGCCUAUUACCACUAGCACUGGUACUACCGAAGCUAGAGAGGGUCCCGGCGAACCGCUGACAGAUUUGACGCUCGCCGGGUCGCGGCUUCCUCGCGGCGCCAUGAUGACGCGAACUGCGACGACGAUCGCGCAGCUGAUGCUCAUCCGCGCGUGCCACGGCGAGGCGCUCCGCCGCCACAGCCUGGGCACCGCGCUCGGCUUGCGCACGCGGCGCGGAAGGCUGACGGAUAUCCCCGCUAUAGUGGUCUUCGUUCCAAGGAAGGUGCACGAGGAGUGGCUGCUGCCAGCGCAGAAGCUUCCACGGAAGCUGCAGGGGCCGGGCGGGUACGAGUGUGACGUGGACGUGGUAGAGCUGACCAAUCAGAUGAGCAGCAGUAGCGGCAGCAGCCCGGGCGCUGUGGGCCACGUGGCAGGCGACGUGGCAGGCGACGUGUCGGGUGACGUGGCAGGCGCGGUGGGAGCAGUGACAGAGGUAGCUAUUAUCGAUAACCCGCUGGUGGAGCAGUUGCGGGGGAGUGGCAGUAAGAUCGGUCCGGGUUCGCAGAUUGCAAGCGAGGAGGUGUGUGGGACGCUGGGGGCGAUUGUAAGAAGAACCAACAGCAGUGGCGGCGGCGGCGGCGGCGGCGGCAGCGGCGGCGGCGGCAGUGGCAGGGGCAGCAGCGACAACCGUGAGGGGACGAGCAGCGCUGGUGGGAUGAUGAGAAGUCAUGGUGGGCGCAGUGGUUGUCUAGGGGUGGGGUUUCUGGCGACUCGCCACGUGGCAGUUGAUCUGGACCAGCCGAAACAGAAGCUGUUUCACCCCCUGCCCCCGUCGCUUGGUCCGGGGCGGUUCUUAGGCUCAGUGGAACGAGCCUUGCCGUUUGCCUCGGACCACGCGUGGUUCGGCGUGUUUGUCAACAUGAGCCCAGACUCGUUUGUGCGCACAGACGGCGCGUACAUUUCUUUCCACGAGGAGUUUGACUUAUCAGUUGUGACGACGCAAGUGGCGGGAAUCGGCCCCAUUGGCCCACCCCGCCACAUCUACCCAUCAGACGACAUUCGUAGCGUGGUGGGGCAACAUGUGUGGAAGGUGGGCAGCGCCUCAGGUCUAACGGAGGGAACCAUAGUAGCAUACGCACUGGAGCACAGCGAGGGGGAGAGUUGCCUCUUCACGGACCUCCUCAUUAUGGGCCGGGGCGGUGAAGCAUUUGAUAUCGAAGGGGACUCGGGUGCGCUCGUGGUCAUGCUCCCCUCUGCUGCCCAUUCACCAGCCGUGCUUGCCUCUGCAGCACUGUCGCCUCCUCCCCCUGCUGCUCCGCCUCCUCCCCCUGCUGCUCCGCCUCCUCCCCCUGCUGCUCCGCCUCCUCCCCCUGCUGCUCCGCCUCCUCCCCCUGCUGCUCCGCCUCCUCCCCCUGCUGCUCCGCCUCCUCCCCCUUCUGCUCCGCCUCCUCCCCCUUCUGCUCCUCCUGCUGCGCCCAUACCUUCCGCCCACCCCCCCAUACCCACUGCACAGGCAGGAGCACUCUCACCAGAAGCAGCAGCAGCAGCAGCAGCAGCAGCAGCAGCACCAGCAGUAACAGUAGCAGCAGCACCAACAUUACCAGCAGCAGCAGCACCACCACCACUACUACCAACAGUACCACCAUCAGCAGCAGCAGCAGCAGCAGCAGCAGCAGCAGCAGCAGCAGCAGCAGCAGCAGCAGCAGCAGCAGCAGCGUUUCUAGUGCCAGUGGCAAUGGUGUUGGGUGGAGGUGGAAGCAGAGGAGGGAUGAAGUUGGGGAGUGGGAGGGAGGUGCAGCAGUGCAGCAGUGCAGUUGACCUCUUUCGCCUGCUCUCCUUGCUGGAACUAGAGAUGGUUACCACUGACGACAAACUGAGAGAGCUGGCUCAAAGGCAGAGGUUGCUUAACACACCUGGAAGCAAUCCUCCCACUCCCGGGGGUGGUGCUGGUGGGCCUGCUGAUGAAGCAGGAAGAGGGGAGGGCGGGAGAGGGGAGGAGAUUGCGGAACGAGCGAAGAAAGAGGAAGAGGAAGGGGCGGAGAGAGAGGAAGAGGGUGUGGGAAAGAGGCGACGAGUGGAGGGUCCAAGACACCCAGGCGGCGCUUCUGCUCAUAGUAUUUCCAUAUCCUGCCAUGACACUCUCAGGCAAAUCUUCAGGCAUAUUUCCGCCAAAUACGGCCUGGGUGCACCAAAGCCAGACUGUGAAACAACAGGUCACCUUGCGCAACUGCUGGGGGUGGCACUGGCAGCACACACACAGCCGUUCAGCAUGGAUGCUUCCUACACUUAG